GCCAACCUCAUCGACAUCCCCGGCUCUUAUCAUCCCCUCUAGCCUACGCAGCGCGGCCUGUGGCCUGGCGUGCCUCGUUUACUCGUUUACGUCUGCCACCCUAAUUUCUGCCGGUUCAACGCACGUUUAGUCGGCCACUGCUCUCAACAUGCAGAGCCCUACUUCGUCCUCCCCUCAAGUCCAUUUUUCUAGCGACGUCCAGAAUAUGGACAGCUGGGCUAAACGCACAGGGAUCCCGCUCACGACAGCGGAUGCGUUGGGCACGACAUAUGCGCGUGCCCACAAAAUGCUGCUCUCGUUGAAGAUGCAGCUUGUCCAACAACAUGGUUGGACGGACGUUUCCUCGUCAAUUUCCAGGAUGCUUUUUACUAUUGAAGCACCCUCUCCGUGGCGCUCGUCUAGCGGGGUCCCACUCAGUCCUAAGCUCAAGCUUGAGCUUCCUUCGAAUGCGUCCUCUUUCUUCUCGCCGGAGAGGAGGGUGCAAUGGCAGAUGGUUUUUCACAGCGACGUCUUUGCUACGCAAAGAGUCAUCAUCCCCCAAAUUGCCGACAUCCUCAAUCUGCUUCAGUGCCUCCUGACAGGUGUCCUAACGCUCGUCCACGAAGAGUCUUUACCAGACGGCGUAUACAAAACCACAAGGGGUCUCCCUUCCGUCCAAUGGAUCAAUGCAAACCAAGCCGCCCUCGUCGAAAUCUUUGGUCGCAGUCACUUCAAGCAAUUGUGGAAGGCAUGCAAUGAUCGCGCUACGUCGUUCAAAGUCGACGUUGAACCUCGUCGGUCAUGAUCAUCCUCUCUUCCCUCUAGCAAUUCCUCUCAGCCAAUCCCUGGCAUCACCUUCGCAUCAAGGGCUCGCAUGCCCUAAACCCUUGCCAUCGAUUGGCAAGGCCUUCUGCAAGAACUGUAUCGUGAUCGUUUCGCAUUGUUGUGAUAUACUGCUGUUUUACGCAUUGCUCACUUAAUGAUUUGGUUAAUACUAGACGCCACUAAUACCUGCAUUACCCCAUCUCAUACCCGACAUCAUGCACGUUAAUUCCGCUAUCCUACGCAUACUCCUUUAAAUCACCUAUUUCUGCUCUUUAGUUACAUCACAUUUCUUUGAGGGUUUUUCCUAUGCUCGACUUAGUUUC